AUGGAUGUUAAGUCUUCUGAUACGCCGAAGUUUUAUGAUGGUGAUGAUGAUGAUGAUCGGAGGGAACCUGUUUCGUGCGAAGACUUUGAAUCUAAAGAUGAUGAUGAUGAUGAUGAUAGUUUUUUCACACCAAGGUUUUCGCGGAUUUCUAAUUUUAGAACAUGUAGUAGUAAAGGUGAUACUGCUACACUGCCGAUUAAGAGGCUUUUUUAUAACACUGACGAUGCCUUGCAUAAUUCUUAUAAGAAAUCAAAGGGGUCACUAUAUGAGGGUCGCGACAAAGAUGAAGAUGGUAUUCUUUCGUUGAAUAGAACUAAAAGUCCGGACCAAUCAGCUGAUGAAUCAUUUUUCUUGCUGAAGAGAGAACUUAAAUUGGUUCAAAAAUUGGUUAAGAAAUGCAAUAGGAAGAGGCGAUUAGAAAAGAAGAGAUUGCGGUUCAUAAAGAGAGAUAUUGAAGAGUGUAGCAUAGAGCUUGGGAAUAAGAAGAAGCAAGUUCACUGUGUUAGAAGAAUGAAUGAAAUUCACAACAAAAUGCUGGGAAAAAUUGAAAGGAAGGAAGAGGAACUGAAGGCUCUUUCACAGAAAAUUGCUGAAUGUACUGUGGAACUUGAGACCAAAGAGAAAGAGCUUCUGUCCGAAAGGAAGAAGUUACUAAAGGUAAUAUCGACAAGGCAGAAGCAUAAUGAUUGUUCUCAAAUGAAGGACUUUGAGUCAAUGAAGAAGCAAUUUGAAGGCAAGGUUAUGGAACUUGAGUCAAAAGAGAAGCAAUGUGAAGGGCGGGUGGAAGAGCUUGAGUCAAAGUUGAAGCACUAUGAAGGACGAGUGAAGGAGUUGGAAUCAAGGGAGAAGGAGCUUGAAGGAUAUAUUAAUGAGUUUCUGUCGAUGGAGGAGGCACUUGAAAGUUGUAAGAAGCAGCUUGAAUUAAAACAGAACCAACUUGAAAGCUGGGAGGAGGAGUUCGAAACAAAAGAGGAGGAAAUUGAAGAACAAGUGAAGGAGCUGAAAUCUAAAAAGCAGCACUUUGACAGCCAAUUGAAGGAGUUAGAGUCAAAAGAGAGCCAACUUUUAGGACGAGUUAAGGAGUUUGAAUUUACAAAGAAUGAAUUUGAAGUCAAUUUGAGGGCGUUGGUGGAGGAACUGAUGUCAAAACAGAUGCAAAUCAAUAGCAGAAUGAAGGUGGUUGAGUCAAAAGAGAAGCAACAUGAAAGCCAAGUAAAGGAACAUCAAACAAAAGAAAGAGAAUUUGAAAACCGAGCAAAGGAGUUUGAGUCAAAAGAGAAUAAGUUCAAAGUGAAGGUGAAAGAGCUCGACUCAAAAGAGAAGCAACAUGAAGGCCAAGUAAAGGAGCAUCAAUCAAGAGAAAGAGAAUUUGAAGACCGAGUAAAGGAGCUUGAGUCAAAAGAGAAUAAGUUCAAAGUGAAGGUGAAGGAGCUCGACUCAAAAGAGAAGCAACAUGAAUGCCAAGUAAAGGAGCAUCAAUCAAAAGAAAGAGAAUUUGAAGACCGAGUAAAGGAGCUUGAGUCAAAAGAGAAUAAGUUCAAAGUGAAGGUGAAGGAGCUCGAAUCAAAAGAGAAGCAGCAUGAAGGCCGAGUAAAGGAGCUUGAGUCAAAAGAGAAUAAGUUCAAAGUGAAGGUGAAGGACCUCGACUUAAAAGAGAAGCAGUUUGAAGGUGAAGUCAAAGAACUUGAGUCAAAGCUGAAUAAAUUUGAUGGACAACUAAAGGAGCCUGAAUUGAGAUGGAUACAAUAUGAAGCAUUAAUGAAAUAUAUUAAUGAGGAAAAAGAAUCUGUUGCAUCUGACAUGCCUGAUCAAUCAAGUCCUACCAUUGAUGGAACAAGUUUGCAGUUGGACACAAGUGAGAAAACUGAUGUAGUUGAGUCACUUUGUAAUGACAUUUUAGUUUAUCUUCUAGAAUCAUCAGAUCCAUCAAGAGAAGUUUUGGAUAUGAUACAGAACCCCAUUAUUCCACUGUGUAAGAAGGGAGAUAAUGGUGGGAUUAUUGUGAGUUACCACAUCUAUCUACUAGAACAACUGAUGAGAAUCUCACCAAAUAUUGAACCUUGUGUAAGAGAAGAAGCAUUGAAGCUAGCACUUGAUUUGAAAGCUUACAUGAAAGAAAAUACUGAAAAUUCUUUGACAGUUCUUGGUUUUCUAUUGCUUUUGUCAAUUUAUGGAUUGCUUACUUCUUUCAAUGAAGAUGAAGUUAUGGAGCUUUUUGUAUUUGUUUCUCAGCACAAGAUAGCUAUUGAGCUGUUUGGGACCCUUGGUUUUGCAAAUAAAGUUUCUGAUUUUGUUGAAAAUCUUAUCAGGAGGAAGCAAUUUGUUGUAGCUGUUAGAUUCAGCUGUGCAUAUAACUUGGCUGGCAAGAAACAAUUAGUUGAUAUGUUGCGAGAACACGUCCAGAAUGCCAAACUGAUUUGUGAGAGCAGUUGUGAGAAAACCAACUCCAUUGAAAUCAAGGAUAUAGCCAGAGAUCAAGAAAUUGCCUGUCUGGGAACUGUUCUGCAAUCCAUUUUAGAUAACAACUGCCUAGAAUCUGAGGAUUUGCUUAAUCAGGAGAUUCAACAACGUAUUCUUGAGCUAAAAGCGCAUAAAGGCAAAUAGUUUUCUUUUAGUACUUAAACAACCUGCUAAUAUUAGAAACCUGCUAAUGUAAAGAAAUGUGGUAAUGGGAACCUGCUAACAUAUAUUCUGGUGUAAAUGACUUUGACAGGACUCUCUUUGUUUCAUAUACAAACUAGUUUUUUGGUUCUUACUC